AUGUCCAGUACAAAGCAUACCAACACUUCGAAGGUCAACACCAGGAGACGUCAAGGGGACGAGAAGAAAGAUACUGAGGACAACAUGUCUCGCUACUUCGGCCCCGACCUGCCAUGGUCGCAUGUUGACGCCAUGUCAAGGUCGCUGGGGACUUCAUCUCAAGAGGGCGACAAGAAGGAUUGA